AUGAAGUACGAGUAUGAGAAUUAUGACCCUUCAUUCCCGGACCAACCGGUGGUUGAUGAAUACCUGCCGGUAUGGUCUAGGCUACCGGCAUUUGGGUCCAAGCCAGCAUUCAUUUGGGCUCAUGAUAACAACAAUAAGACCAUCCUAACCUACUCACAACUCAAUGCCUCAGUUGACCACAUCUCCUCCCACCUUCUCACUACUCCCACUCUUCAAAGAGGUGACACUCUCCUUCUUCUCUCUUCUCCAGGUCUUCACUUUGUUGAACUCAUCUUCGCUUCCCAAAGGGCUGGAAUUUUAUCUGUCCCUAUAAUCCCUCCUCACCCUUCUUUCGCUAAUGAAAAUUAUCACCACCUUCUUAGAGUUAUCUCGCAGACUAAACCCAAAGCUGCAGUUGCUCAUUCUUCUUACGUUUCAUGUAUCCAACGCUAUCUCUCUGAUCACAACAACAUUAAUCAUAAUCCUAAUCUUGUUCGUGCGUUACAAACCAUGAAAUGGAUUUCCAUUGAGGACAUCAAGCAUGGUGCUAAUAAUAAUAAAAAUAAUGAUAAAUUUGGUGGAUCCCUAACAUACAAUGGUUGCAGGGAGAAUGAUGUGUAUCUUGUUCAGUACACUUCUGGCGCCACCGGGAUUCCGAAACCGGUUCUUGUAACGGCGGGUUCAGCCGCACAUAACGUCAGAGCUGCUAGGAAAGUCUAUGAUCUUCACCCAAACAGUGUUAUUGUUUCGUGGCUUCCUCAGUACCAUGACGCUGGCCUCAUGUUUUUGUUGUUAACCAUUGUUUCUGGUGCUACUUGUGUUCUUACUUCGCCAACCUCGUUCAUCAAACGUCCCAGGUUGUGGCUUGAAUUGAUCUCUGAAUUCAAGGCCACGUGUACUCCGGUACCUUCUUUCACGUUGCCACUGGUUCUCAAACGUGGAGGAGUUGAUAAAGGAGUAUCUCCCAUUAAUCUUUCCCAUUUGAGGAACCUUAUACUCAUCAACGAACCUAUUUACAGAGACUGUGUCGAAGAGUUUGUUGGAGUCUUCGGUCCCUUUGGGUUAAGCUCUUGUGCCGUUUCUCCUUCUUAUGGUUUAGCUGAAAACUGCACCUUUCUUUCCAGUGCAUGGAGGAGUGAAAGUGACGCGUAUUCUUCUAGUAGCUUCCACGAUUUUCCAACUCACAACAAGCUUUUACCGGUUGCGAGACUAUGUAGGAAGGAGGAACAAGAAGACAUGGAAAUCGUGGUGGUUAAUGAAGAGACUCAUGAGCCAGUUGAGGAUGGUGUUGAAGGUGAGAUUUGGGUUUCAUCACCAAGCAAUGCUUCUGGAUACUUGGGACACCCUUCUUUGACGAGAGAAGUGUUCCAUGGAAGACUGAGGAACAUGGUUGGAAGAUGCUUUCUUAGAACACGUGACACAGGGAUUGUUAAAGGAGAGGGGAGAUACCUCUUUGUUACUGGAAGGUGUGAAGAUAUAAUCAAGCUCCAAAAUGGUGAAAAGAUUCAUCCUCAUUACAUUGAAUCUGCAGCGUAUAACAGUUGCACAAAGUUUUUGAGAGGUGGUUGUGUUGCGGCGUUUAAAGUUUCUGAAACAGUUGUUGCAGUGGUGGCGGAGUUACAGAGAACUGAGAAAGAGAUAAUGGUGGAUAAUGAGGUGUUGGGUAGCGUUUGUAAUGGGAUCAAAGAAAGUGUUUUGAAGAAGGAGAAUGUUCAAGUUGGGUGGGUUGUUUUGGUUAAGAGUGAAAGUGUUCCAAAAACCACUUCUGGGAAAUUGCAAAGAUGGCUUGCUAAGGAGAAGAUUCUUGGUGGGAAAAUGAAGGUUGUGAUGGAGAUGAAAUUUGGUGAUGAUGAUGUUAGUAGAACUUUACCAACUGGGUCGUUACUUUCACUUCUCUGA